AUGGGCGACGCGCAGCAACAGAACUUGACCAGAUGGGCGGUGUGGCAGGCGGCGGGGAUGUUGCGGCUGCACGAGGCGAGUUUCGACGCGCUGACCGCGGCGAUGGAGAACGGCGCGAGCGUCGCGGAGUGUCUGCGCGCGAUCGAGACCGCGAAGGCGCCGGCGGGGGAGGGGAAAUGA